AUGUAUGUGAAAUGGUUUGAUACAGUAAUGGAAUACUAUGUGAUUUUAGUGAUUUUAGUGAAUGUCACUUUUUGUCAUUUUUGAAUUUCCCGCCGUUCCGUCCCCCGUACAUCCCGACGCUCACAGGGGACGGAACCCAGAUGACAGAUGCCGGCAUCCGCCGGAUUACAUUGCCGGGGACACUGCAGGAGGGACAUCGUGGGAGCGCAGGACAAGGUAAGUGAUACAGGGAUCGUGGAGCAGCGCCACAUGGUAUUCCCGAGUGUAGCUCGGGGUUACCGCUUGUGCUACACUCGGGAAUACCGCCAGGGAGGU